AUGUGGCAUAAAGACACGCGCGCCCCGCUGACGAUCGAGCGAUGCCUCUCGUCGAUGCCCUCGGACACCGCCGACCUCGCGCGGGAAUCGCACGCCUGGCUCCAAAAGCACGGCGCCAUCAACUACGGCGCGAUCGACGUGCCGCCGCCCAAGCCCCCGACGCCCGAGCCCGAACCGGCGCCCGAAAACGCCGAGCCCGAAGACGCCAGCCCGCCGACGACGAUCACGGACGAGCUCCUCACCGAGCGCACCGUCGCGUACCUUCGCACCGCGGACAUGAACACCACAACCGAGAAACAGAUCCGCAAGGCGAUCGAAGCCGAACUCGGCGCCGAUCUCACCGAAAAGAAACUCGUGGUUCGCGCCAUCGUCACCGGGUUCCUGGAAGACCCGGACAAGUACAGGGACGUCGGUAAGGGUAAGGGCGCCGAGGAGAGGCGCGAGGACGCCGCCAAGGCCAAGGCGGCCGUCGCCAAGGCCAAGGCGGAGAUCGAAGCCGCCAAGCCCAAGCCCACCAAGCCGGUGAUCAUCGUCGGCGCGGGCCCCGCGGGUCUCGCGGCGGCUCGCAUGCUGACGUCGCACGGGCACGCCUGCGUCGUCCUCGAGGCGCGCGAUCGCGUCGGCGGGCGCGUGCACACGGAUAGCUCGUCCCUGUCCGUUCCGGUGGACAUGGGCGCGUCCAUCAUCACCGGGUGCGCCGCGGAUGCCAAGCGGCGAACGGGAUUGCCGUGGCUCGGCGUCCGAGCCGAUCCGUCCGCCACGAUCGCCGCGCAGCUCGGCUUGGGGCUCAAGACGCUCGGGAACAAGCUCCCGCUGUACGACGGCGUCACCGGCGAGCUCGUGAGCGAUGAGUUGGACGCCAGGGUGGAGAGGCACAGGGACGCGCUGAUGGAUCGCGCGAGGCUUCGGGUGGAUCGGGAGGGCGACGACGCCACCGCGAAGAUGUCUCUGGCGGAGGUGAUCGAGGACGAGCUGGAGCAGGCGUUCGGCGAGAACGUGGCCCCGUCGCCGGCGGCAGCGGCGGCGGCGGAUGGAGCCGGCGAGGGCGAGGAGGACGGCGAGAAGAGGGAGAAGGUGACGCUCACCGCGCGGGAGAGGAGGUUGCUGGGGUGGCACUGGGCCAACCUCGAAUACGGGUGCUCCGCGCCCCUCUCGAAGAUAUCCAUGGCGCACUGGAACCAGGACGAGCCGUACGGCGGAUUCGGCGGCCCGCACUGCAUGGUCAGAGGCGGGUACGGCCAGAUAACGGACGCCCUCGCCGCGGGGUUGGAGAUUCGCUUUAAGAUCGUCGUGAAAAAGGUGGAGCACUUCGGGGGCGAAGGCGACGCCGGCGGCGUCGUCGUCCACGUCGCGAACGGCGAGCGUUUCGAGGGGAGCGCGUGCAUCGUGACCGCGCCCCUGGGCUGCCUCAAAUCCGGCGACAUCGAGUUCGUCCCGCGGUUGUCCGAGGCCAAGUCGGUGGCGAUUCAGCGACUCGGUUUCGGCCGCCUCAACAAGGUUGUGAUGGAGUUUGAAAAAUCCUUCUGGGACGACGGCGUCGAUUACUUCGGCGCCGCGCGCGAGCACUACGCCCCGGACGCCCAGGCCACCGGCGACGACCCCAUCGGCGGACGCGGGCGCAUGUUCAUGUUCUGGAACCUCAAGGAGGCGUGCGGCGGCGCGAGCGUCCUCGUCGCGCUCGUCGCGGGAUCCGCCGCCGAGGCGAUGGAAUCGGGCGACGAGUCGGAGUCGUCGCUGGUGGCGUCCGCGAUGGGCGUCCUGCGACGCAUCUUCUCCGACAGGGCCAGCGACGUGACGACGCCCAAGAAGGUGGCGGUAUCGCGCUGGGGAUCCGAUCCGUACGCGAAGGGCAGCUACUCGUACGUGGCUGUGGGUGCAUCCGCCGACGAUUACGACGAGCUCGGUCGACCCGAAGAGUCGAGCGGCGGUCGCCUGCUCUUCGCGGGGGAGCACACGUGCAAGGAGCAUCCGGACACCGUCGGCGGCGCCAUGCUGACGGGGUGGCGCGCGGCGAGGCACGCGCUGCACGUCAUGAACGGCGCCUCCGGCCUUCCUUUCGACGAGGUGUUCAAGUUGGUCUCCCUCGAGGACAUCGCGGGGUCGGACGAUUCGGAAGAUUCGGACGUAUCCGGAUCGUCCGACGACUCGGACGACGAGGACGACGCCGACCGCGGGAAGAAGAGGAAGAAGGAGACGAAGAAGGAGACGAAGAAGCGCCGCGGGAAGAAGGGCCGACGCGUCGACGGCGAGGACGGCCCGGAGGAUGACGAGAAGGCUCGCGAGCGCGUGCGCAGGCGCCUGGAGAAGGAGAAGCAGGAGCGGAUGGAACAACUCGCGAGGGAGCAGAAGGAGAUGACCGACGGCAAGGAGGAGGUGAAGCGGGUGCUCCGCCUCGUCUCCGCCUGCCCCGACGGGGCGUCCGCGCCCGUCGACGCCGUCACGUUCGACGGGAUGCUCGAGAUGAUGCCCAGCUUGGAGACGGCGUCGGGCCGCGGCGCCUUUUGCCAAUGCGCCGUCGCCAAGAUGCCGCGCGCGCAGCUCGCGUCGUUGGCUCUCAAAGACGAAGGCGCGUGUCUCGCCGUCCUCGCCACCUGGCUCGAGCAGGUCCCGUCCAAGCCCAGCGGCAAGGAGCUCUCCUCGAAGAUGCUCAAGCUGCUGCUCGCGUUGGACACCGACGCGGUGGACGCGCGGGCGCUGAAAGAGUCGGGGGUGGCGAGAGUCGUCGCCGACCGCUUCAACGCGCACGCCAUUCCCGAGAUUCGACUCCUCGCCAGGCGAUGCGCGCACCACUGGUCCAAGGCGGCGUCCGCGGCCAAGGCCAGGAGGGACGCGCAGUCGUCAAAGGCGGGUUUGGCGCCGGAGGACACGCCGCUCGGCGAUUUCAUCGACGACGACGACGCUUCGAUGGACGAUUCCGACUCGGAACGCGAGUACGACCCGGACGGAAAGCGUAGGAAAAAACGAGCCGAGCAAAAACCGCCUCCGAAGCCGAUGACGGUGGAGGAGAUCAUCGAGUCCGCGGCUGGGCUCCAGGAAGGGUUCGCCGCAGCGGAGGCGCAGAGGCUCAAGCUCGAGGCGGACGCCGCCCUCGCCGCCGCGCACGCGGCUGCGGCGGAUGCCAAAGCCGAAGCUAUUCGCGCCGAGGAGGUUGCGAAGGAGCGUCUUCGCGGGGUCUGGGACGCCGCGCCCCGCGUGGGUAAGAAGCAGAAGCUUCGCAUGAAAACCUUCGAGGAUUUCGCCAAGCACAAGACGGCGAAGCGCGAGCACAAGAAGCGCCAGCGCUUGGAGCGCGAGCGCGAGGACGCGGAGGAUGCGAGGAUGGAGGCGGAGGAGGCGGCGGCGGCGGAGCGGGGCGCGGGGGGUUCGCCCGGCGGCGGCGACACAGCUGGCGGUGGCGGAGUCGACCUCGCCGCCGCCGCCGCUGAGGCUGCGAGGGUCGCGUCUCUCGGCCCCGAGGAGCGAUACCGCGAGAACGUCAAGAAGGCGGUGCGCUUCUACGUGCGAAAGCAGCUGAAGCAGGGCAUCAAGGAGAAGAAGCUCCGCGGGUUGAACAAGGAGCUGUGCGGUAAAAUCGAGGAGAAGAUCGCCGCGAAGGUUGUCGAGGGGAGCACCAGUCUGGGCGCGCCGGGCGACAGCGUCGAGGCGUUCUUGUCCAAGCAGCGGCGGGAGAAGGUGAAGAAGAUGGUGGAGUCGUACGCGGCGUCGUACGCAAAGGCUAAGAAGUAG